UCUUCCGCACCAUCCUUUAACAAAUCUCCCAUAUUGCUCGAGAUGCCUCGUUCCAGAUCAAUCCUGAAAAGGGUUGCUACGAUGUUCCGUCGGCAACCACCAAAGGACCCCGAGGACGUAGGCCCUGCUGAAAGUGAUAAUCGAGAAACGGAGCAGAACGAAGGUGGCAUCAGGGAAGCAAUUUUAUUGUGCUUAUUGAGUCCAGAGGUAGUGAGGAUUGGAGUUUGGGGUAUGGCUGGAGUUGGAAAGACCUACUAUGUUAAGUCUGUGGCUGAGCUACUUCAAGAAGUAAAGGUUAAACUGUUUGACUACAUUUUCUAUGUCAAUGUCUCGUAUAGAGGGAGUUUGAGAACUCUGAGGAAUGACAUAGGGACGGAAUUGGGCCUCAGCGGACUUGAGGAAGAAGAGGACGAGGAGAAAGCAGCGGCAUUGUUAUAUGACAAGUUAAAGAAAAGGAAAUUCUUGUUUGUCCUAGAUGAUUUGUGGGAGAUGAUUAGUCUUGAAGAUCUUGGAGUUCCUCUACCCACUCAAGAAAAUGGCUGCAAACUCUUGGUAGUUACGCGGAACCAUAAAGUUUGCGAUCUUAUGGAUACGCGGGUAGACAUUAAGGUGUCUCCUUUGGGCAAGGAAGUUGCAUGGCAGCUCUUCUGCAAAGAAGUUGGCGACGUGGUGCAGCAGCCAGCAGUUGAACCAAUAGCCAAACAAGUUGUUGAAGAGUGUGGCGGCUUGCCACUUGCAAUUAAGGCCGUAGGAGAAGCCAUGGCAGGUAAAACUGAUGCGGAUGCUUGGCUUAAGAUGUUAAGCGAUCUGAUGCACUGUAGGCCUGUGAAGGAAACAUGGAAGAAGGUGUUCACUAGAUUGAAACUAAGCUACGAUCGUUUGGAAAGUGAAGUUUUGAAGGACUGCUUCUCUGCUGGGUCAUUCUAUGCCAAAGACAAUGAGAUCGGCGUGGGCAAUCUGAUCUUCGCUUGGAUAAUAGAAGGCUAUAUAGAUUUUACCGAGGAGAUGGCACUUUCAGAGGUCUUCUCAAAAUGUGCUCCUCUAGUGAAGAAACUAUCGGAUGCAGGACUGCUAGACGAGCCUGAUGAUCAAAGAAGAGUUACGAUCAACCGUAUGAUGAAAAAAUUGGCUAUACUUGUGAAAUCUUGCAAGUGUAUAAUUAAGAAUGGGCAGACGCUACUUGAGGCCCCUGAAAAGGAAGCAUGGGAAAAAGCCGAGAGGAUAUCACUGGCAGGAAACCAAAUAACCAGCCUUAACCAAAAUCCAAACUGCCCCAACCUCACUGCCUUCACUCUUGAGGGCAACUUUUCACUGAGCAGCAUCUCGCCUGAAUUCUUCGGCCAGAUGCCGGAACUUCGGUUUCUAGAUUUGUCAUUGACUAAACUGGAUUGUCUGCCGGAAUCAGUGUGCAAGCUUGUGAAGCUUAGGUCACUUGACUUGGGGCUUAACAGAUGCUUGAAGAAUAUAGCGCAUAUAAGGGCACUCAGGCAGCUACUUGUGCUAGACCUCUCUGGCACCCCACUUGAGGAGUUACCAGAGGAGAUUGGUGAACUGACUCAACUAAGACACCUGCUUCUCCUUUGCACGGUUCGUCUCAGGAGAAUUCCUAGUGGAAUUAUAUCCAAACUGCAGUAUAUGGAACUCUUCCAAAUGCGGGCUAGCUCCUUUGCUUGGCAAACUGAAAGUCGAAGUCAAGAAGCUACUCUGCAUGAGCUUUUAAGCUUAACGCGCUUAUCCGACAUAUCACUUGCAGUAAGAAGUGUCAAAGAUUUCGAGUUUCUGUACCGAAGCAUAGCUCUACAGACGUGGGAAGAUGACCUUACCAUCGACUGCUACAUCUUGGAGACGUCCACGCGCAUGUCGUAUCAUGCUGAAUCCAACAAAUGGAAGACUGAAUUUGAAGAGGAGGAUAUGGCAAUUAAACUCCUGUCUGGUGCAGUACGCAUGGCAGGAAACUAUGAAAAAUUUUUCCAGACAACGUAAUGGCUUGGCUUGUCUAAAUUUGAGUGAAGAAAACAUUUGCCUGGCUUUCAACUGGGAAAGAAUUGAAUUCCGUAUGCUGCUGCAUGUGAUGUCAAUUAGUACAUUUGUAUGUUUCUUUUCACUUCUGUAACAUAUUAGA